UAGAUAUGUAUAUUUGAAUAUAUAUGGGCUGGUGUGAGCCCUUUGACUCUCAGCAGUUUCAAACGCCAUGGCUUGAAAGAGGCAGUCUGUAUUGAAGUGGUCGCUUCCUCUAAUUCAGUUUCAGUAGUUCAAUCAUGUGUCUUUAGUCUAUUAGCCCAAAGCCGUCAAGCAUCAAACAGGAGCGUUCACUCAACCAGACAGCACUCCCUGAGGAACCAUGGGACAGAACGAAGACUAUUACUAUUCUUAUUACAACGAAUCCUAUACUGACUACCCAGAACAAACCCACACUGACUCGGAGCCCUGUAAACUAGACAGCACCUGGAGAAUCAACCAGUCCUUCAUGCCGGCUGUCUACUCCAUGAUCUUCCUGCUAGGGCUUCUGGGAAACCUCCUGGUGCUGGCGGUGGUCUCUCGCUACAAGCGGCGUGCGUUCUCCCUGACGGACACCUUCCUGGUUCACCUCGCCGUGGCAGACCUCCUGCUGGUCGUCACCCUGCCUUUCUACGCCGUCCAGUACACCAGCGGCUGGAUCUUCGGCUCCGUGGCGUGCAAAAUCACCGGCUGGAUCUUCUCCGUGAAUUUAUACAGCACCGUUCUCCUCCUGGCCUGCAUCAGUUUCGACCGCUACUUGGCCAUCGUCCACGUGGUCCAGCUCUCCUGGAGACAGAACUCGUGGUACGCCCACGUGGCCUGCGCCGUCAUCUGGGCGGUCUGCUCGGGCCUCUCCGUGGUCGAUUUCUAUUUCCACCGGGUCCUGAAGCUCAAGCAGCUGGGCGGGGCCAGCGUCUGCAUGAACGACUUCGACUCCCAGAGCGCCGACCACUGGAAAGCGCUGCUGCACAUGCUCAACCUCGUCCUCGGGUUCGCUCUGCCCCUCCUCGUCAUGCUCUAUUGUUACAUCAUGAUCUUCCGCUCUCUGUGCCACACCCCCCGCUUGCAGAAGCAGAAAUCCCUCAAGGUGAUCGUCUCCAUCGUGGUGGCCUUCAUUCUCUGCUGGGCGCCCUACAACGCUUUGCAAUUGGUCGAAGGCUUGGUGAGAGUGGAGGCGAUUGGCCGAGGGUGCGCGCUGGAGAAGGCCCUGGAUGUUGGGAUUUUGGUGACCCAGAGCUUGGGGCUGGCGCACUGCUGCCUCAACCCGCUGCUGUACGCGUUCGUGGGCGUGAAGUUCAGGAAGGAGCUGGCACGGUUGUUUAAGAGCUUAGGGGAACUGUGUCGCCGUGGCCAAAGGUUCAACUCCAGGAACGGGAGCAGCAGCAGUUGCAGCAGGCUACACAGAUCCACAAAAAAUACCAGCUCAAGAAACUUCAGCUCAGACAGCGAGACUUCCACCACUGCUUACUCCGUGAUGUUCUGAAGCCUGGUGGCCCAACGACCUCCAUACCAUUCUAGACCACAGGCCAACAUACAGCAGUGUGCAAAUGUAUUAGAGCACCUCAAGAUUUGUCAUUGAUCUCCUUUAUAGACCCGCCUGCAUGAAAACCUCAGAGUGUGAGAAUUUCAAUUUCCGCUAUUAGUGAUAGAGAAACAACAGGCUCUCAGAUGUGUGAAAAUGUUAGACCGCUUUGUGCUUUAAUUAAUUAGACCUCUUAAACAACUUCUAUAAAGUAUCAUUCUUUUUUUAUCAUUUGUGGUCGUGUGUUCCUUUUCUCUUACUCUUAAAUGAAUUGCAUGGGUGGCCUAUUGAAGUCAUCAAUUAAAUUAGAUCAUCACUAAUUUGCCUAUUUGGACAAUUUCCCCAGAUUUUCAGUUCCCGUGGUUUGACUUCACACACACAGGAAAUAAAAACUACAGAAGCAAUGGGGUGCUCUAAUACGUGUACACACUGCUGUAGGUUUAAGUCAUCAGGCGUUUGAGGAUCCAUUUAUAUAUAAGUAUGGGGCUCUGAUUUUUGGGUUAGAUAAUGCCCGUUUCUACCCCCGCUGGAUUUUUUAAAGGUUAAGUGUGAUUUGACCUGUAAACGGUGUCACAAAUUGAGUUGCAAACCUAACAGAUUUCUCCUUUAAGUUAUGUAGCUAUUCUCACACCCGGCCAUAGCAGCCUUCUCUUUCUGAUUUAAAAAGCACGCUAUUCUGCAUUGCUUUCUAUUGAUUUUCGAUUUCUUAAGAGGGUCAGCAUAGUUUUUGUUGAGACAUUAAAAAGGUAGGAAAAGGCGAAAAACGCUUACCCUUUAAGAAAACUGUCCCGUUUACCUCUUCCAAAUCUUAGCUUUUAAAAAAGAGUUUCUAAAGAAACCCGCAAUGGAGAAGUGAGAUGUUGAAAUACAUAUUUCCUGUGGAGGUAUCGUUAAAAAUAUGCAUUCGAAAAACUGACCAUCUGUUUUUCAGUUUCCAGAAUACAGUUUACAUGGUCUUGCUUCAUCGUUCAUCUUAACAAAGAGACCAUUGUUUACAUGUUAUUUUUUCUUAGUGUUUUGGAGAUGUGUUUGUGUUCUACAUCAAUGACAAACUGAAUCUAUUUAGCCUGGAACAAGGAACUUGAUUGAAGUCUGUAAAAUUUAAAUGUAUUAACUCGUUAUUAUGCAGACGCUUUUAUCCAAAGAGACUCGCAGAGAAGAGGGGGUGAACUAUGCAUCAUCAACAACUGCUGCUGCUGCUGCUGCAGAGUCACUUCCUUGUUUGUUUUCGGUGUUGACAAAUCAUAGUUAGGGCUGAAUUUGCGAAAUUAAAAUGUAUUAAAACUGAGCACUCUCUUUAACUUCGUGUGUACCAGCUGUCGGGUUAUAUCAUGCUGUAUUUUGAGGUUUUUUUUGUCAGAUCUGUCUAGCAGGUGAAGGUACAGGACUGAAAAUGUAUUAUUUUCUUGAAUACAAUCACGAAAUCAUUAAAGUACGGAAUUUACUUGAAACUGAAUGCUUAUGGAAAUACAUUUUUAAAAUCCAAUGAAAUCACUUUUUUUUUU